UAAUUUUCUUGCUCGUAGUUCUAAUCCAUAAAAAUAAAAGUAUUAUGCAAAUUAUUAUAUAAAAUUUUACAUAAAUUAAAUGAAAUUAUGAUAAAAAUUCGUACAUAGUCAACUUCUAUUUUCAUUCGAAGCUUUGCAUCUGAUUGUUCACAGUCUCGUUUAAAAACAUAAGCUGUUUCUAAACGUAAUUUACACGAAGAACAUAAUAAAUCAGGCAAACAAAAAUUAAAAAUUAUGUCUGAAGCAGUAGAAAAUGGUGAAGCAGACAAAUCUAAAAAAAGUACAAUUGACGACAAUCAAUCAGUGAAUAGUUUUAAAAGUUCAUAUUCGGCAAGGAGUAAAAUCAGUCAUUUAAAACGACCAAACGUAACAUCUGCAUUUCAUCGACAAACCAAAGAAGAGGAAUGUGCUUUAAUAACACCAUCAUUUAUUAAAGAGGCUCAGAAAACUGGAAUUAUUAAACUAGUUGCACGUGGAAUUCAUUCUGUUCCAGAGAAGAUAUGGAAAAUACAAGAACUUCAAGUUGCCAAUACAGAGGAUCAAUAUCGAUUUGACAGAAAACAAGAUUUAUCAUGGUGGAAUCAAACACCAGUUUUUCAUUUAGAUUUAAGUUCAAAUACAAUUUCUGAAAUUUCUAAGGAUAUUCAACUUCUUGAGGAUUUGGUUUACUUAAAUUUACAUGAUAAUUGUUUAACUAAGUUACCCGAGGAAAUAGGAAAUUUAUCUAAAUUGGCGAAACUUGAUCUUAGUCGUAAUAAAAUAGCUGUUUUUCCAAUCCCAUUAUGUAAGCUAGUGGAAUUAACAACUUUAAAUAUGUCUCAUAAUCAUUUAACACAUUUACAUCAAAAUUUUACCGAUUUAAUUAUGUUGGAAUUUCUGGAUUUAUCUGAAAACAAAAUAAAUAAAUUACCAAGAGGGAUGGGAUUUUUAAUACGAUUAGUUGAUUUAAAUUUAAGCCAUAAUGUACUAACAUCUUUACCUCUAGACAUUGUUAAUCUUCGAGAUCUAACAAAAUUGGACAUUUCUUAUAAUAAUUUGAAAUUAUUACCGGAAAUGGGUGAAUUGAGAAGUUUAGAAUAUUUAUAUGCAAAUAAUAAUAAUCUCAUUAAAAUACCAAGUAUGACAGGAUGUAAUAAUUUGAAAGAAUGCUAUUUUGGAUUUAAUGAGAUUGAGGCUCUACAUUCAGAUAUGUAUCAUGACAUGAGAAGUGUAAAAAUAUUAGAUUUACCAAAUAAUAAACUUGAAGAAAUUCCUGAGGGUAUUUCAGUCAUGCAAAAUUUAAUACGAUUAAAUUUGCAAAACAAUUCUUUAAUUUAUUUACCAAAUACAUUAUGUUUGCUACCCCAUUUGCAAACGUUAACUGUAGAUGGAAAUAAGUUUCGUACUCUGAGACGUGAUAUUAUACAAUGUGGUACCUCAAGAAUAUUAAAAUUUUUACGUGAAAGAUAUGAUAGUGAUAUGGAACAGUUAAAAAAUUUUAAAGAUAUUGAAAGAAAGCAAGAAGUCGUUCCUGGAGAUUCCAGUAUCUUUCCAGACAGGUACAGCAUGAAAAUAUCGCGAUCGUUAAACAUAGCAAAUAAGGAAUUGAGUUAUGUACCCGAUUCAGUAUUUGAAGAUUUUGCUCAAGUUCAAGCGGAUACUAUUGAUAUUUGUAAAAAUGAUUUAACACAAGUACCUAAUGGUAUUGGAUUGACCAAAGACACAUUAGUAUUAUUAAAUUUAAGUGCCAAUAAAAUUACUGAAUUACCAGACUUUUUAAGUGAGUGUAUCCACUUGAAAUAUAUAAAUUUAAGUAAAAAUUUAAUUACUGAGAUACCUUCAAGUUACAGCAACCUAAAACAACUUCGUGAAUUAAAUUUAUCAAAUAAUAGAUUUCAAGAAAUUUCCAAAGCAAUUUACGGAAUUGAAAGAUUAGAAAUAUUAAAUUUGAGUAAUAAUCAAAUUACUAGUAUUGAUGCAGAAUCUUUGCAAGCACUAAAAAAUUUAGCUAUCUUGGAUUUAAUGAAUAAUAGUAUUACUCAUGUACCACCUAUCUUAGGCCAUAUGAAACAAUUAAGAGCUUUAGAAUUAGUAGGAAAUAGUUUUCGACAACCGUCACACGCUGUGCUUCAAAAAGGAACUGAAUCUUUACUAGCGUAUUUGCGUGAUAAAAUUCCUACUUAAAUAAAAACAUUUAAUUAGUUAGUGAGUAAUAUUUAUGUUGUCCAUGCCAUUUUGUUUAAAGAUACAUUAUUGUUUUCUUUUUUUAAUAUUAUUUUAUUGUUUUGUGCUUAGUUCAAGCUUUAAGUUAUUUUUUUUAAAAUUUACCAAAAAUAU